UUGGAUGAUACUCCUUUACGUUUGCUUGCAACACAAGUUCUUGGAGAAAUGUUCUCCGAGAAAGAUUCUACUUUAGCUAGUCGUUACGAUAAUGUUUGGAAAAUGUGGUUACUUAGACGAAAUGAUAAAAUAUCUGACGUUCGAUGUGCUUGGAUAGAAUAUUGUUUACCUCUUUACAUUAAUCAUCAUGAAUUGGCUAAACAGAUAAAUGAAGCAAUAAUCUCCAAAAUGUCGGAUCCAGAUGAUAAAGUUAGAAUUGCUGUAUGCAAAGUUUUUGGACAAUUAGAAUACGAGUGUGCUUCAAAACUUGUGGAAAAAGAAUUAUUUUUUGAGUUAGCUCAACGUUGUCGCGAUCUUAGACAAGAGGCAAUCAAAGCUUUAGCACGCCUGUAUAACAUGGCUUAUAACGAGAUCGUUGAUCAUGACGCAAAUGCGAUUGAAAAAUUUGGAUGGAUACCCUCAGAGUUACUGAAUACUCUCUAUUUAAAUGAUAAUGAA